AUGAAUAAUAGUAAAAGUCACAAAAAUAAUUUGGAUACAAAUAGUAAUAAGUCAAUUCAUAAUAAUAAAGAUUAUUUGGACUUAGAUAACUUUGAUGAUGAAAGUGUCUAUGAUUUAACGCAAGAUAAUGAAAGUAUCUAUGAUUUAACUCAAGAUAACGAAAGUUCAUAUGAUCUAAGUCAAGAAAAUGAAAAUAUUUAUAAAUUAACUCAAGAUAAUAAUUUAAUUCAAAGUGCUAGUUUAGAUAUAG